AAAUCAAAGUUACUCAUUUACUUCGGCGUCAUCGAUCAAAGGGGAUCUUCCGAUCAAACCCUAAUUCCAACUUCACGAUCAACGUUCGCGCUCAAUUUCUCUCCUUUUCCGGAAGCUCAUCUUCGUCGGCGCCACCUUCCUCCAGCGGCAGCUCGAAUUUCUCUAUUACUCUCGUAUAGAUUGGAGGGAUGGUGCUAGUACUAGCAUUAGGUGAUUUACACAUACCGCACAGGGCACCAGAUCUGCCUGCAAAGUUCAAGUCUAUGCUUGUUCCUGGAAAGAUCCAGCACGUCAUUUGUACUGGAAACUUAUGUAUCAAAGAGGUUCAUGAGUACUUGAAAACUGUUUGUCCAGACUUGCACAUUACUCGCGGUGAAUAUGAUGAGGACUCACGUUAUCCAGACACCAAAACAUUAACAAUUGGCCAGUUUAAGCUUGGUGUAUGCCAUGGUCACCAGGUUAUUCCAUGGGGAGAUCUCGACUCACUUGCCAUGCUCCAGAGGCAGCUAGAUGUAGACAUCCUUGUCACCGGCCACACACACCAAUUCACUGCUUACAAACACGAGGCUGGAGUUGUCAUUAAUCCCGGAUCUGCCACCGGUGCCUUCAGCAGCAUCACUUAUGAUGUCAACCCUAGCUUUGUCCUCAUGGACAUUGAUGGCCUGCGAGUCGUGGUGUACGUUUAUGAACUCAUAGACGGGGAGGUGAAGGUUGACAAGAUUGACUUCAAGAAGACGACAACACCAACAAACUUGCCUCACUAAGCGAAGACAACGCCUCACCAGAGCAUGACGAGUGUCAUGGAUUUCAGUUGUGUAUUCUGCAUUAGGAAUUCGGUAACAUAUUUUCAUUUGAUCGUUUUGUUUUCAAUAUUGGUAAUAGGAUAUGCCCUGGUUUGAAUUAAUGACUGAUGUGAUGAAUAUGAAUAUAUAACUAUCUCCGAUUUAACAGGUUUUCAACAA